AAAAGACCCAAUCAAGUGAUUGCUAUCGAAUUCUUGUGCUAAGUCUGUUUCCGAUUCCGACUUGGAUCCAAUCGCAAUCAUUGUAGAUUUGCUUCUGAUUUCUUAAAUAGAAUCCACCUUGAUCUCUCUCUUCUCUCUCACACUUCACCUUAAUAUCAAUGACAUUCUCCCAAAUUUCUCGCUCAUAUUUCUACAUAUCUGAUUCGAGCUCUAUCAGAAACCCAACUCAGCACCCAUUUGUUCUCCGGUUUCCUAACUUCUCCAGGUUAUUUUGGCUGAGGGGUGUAAAUUGAUCUGACCCCUCCCCCUCCCUCAUCUUAUCUCUUCCAUCAGGUCUCUCACUCUUGCCGCCCGUUGGAUCGCUUUGCUUCCUUCGAUUUUCAGGUGGGUAAUUUGGAUUUUAAAGGUUUUGCUCGUCCGUUGCUUGUUUACAUGAACAUGAUGGAGAAUUUUUUAAGAUGGAGCCGGACAAGGGUUGGUUUUUGUACCUACAGAAGAACCAUGAACUAUUUUCCCUUGAUAUUAGCAAAUUAUUGGCGUGGAGCUCUUUGGAGAAGGCUCGGAGGCCUUCUAGACCGGAUUUUAAACUUGUGAAUGCUUCUUGUUAUCCAGACGGAAGCAUGGUGCCAUUCGGAACAAGAUAUAUGAUUGUAGGUUCCAACCCUUACAUUGUUGGGGGUCAGUUCGGUUGCCCGCAUCCUCUUUUAGGGUAUGAUUAUUGGCCCAACUUUGAUGUUAUUGCAUGUGAUCCUCCCACUGAUGAUCCAUGCAAGAGUAAUCUACCCAUGUUGUCUGGUCCUAAAUUUUAUCCUUUUGUUAUUACCCUCGGGAACAAAAUUUAUGUUUUGUCCCUACAGUACAGGGGAUGUAUCACAGAAACAUGGCCAGCUCUUUUUGAGGUUUAUAAUCCCGAAUCUGGGAAGUGGAAAAUUCUCCCGAACCCCCCCUUUGUCGUUGGUAAGACUGUCACCAGUCCUGCUGCCCAUCACUACUAUGCUUUGGGACACAAGCUCGUGGUGACAAACACAUGGUCAGUUGAGUCAUACGUGUUCGACACUCUUGAAGAGAAAUGGGAGCCAUGGGACAGUCGGGAGGAUCCAUUUGAAAUCGCAUAUAAACCCCAUCCUACGUUAGCACGAUUCAAGGACUUUUUGGUUGCUGUCCAUCAAGGGGAUUUUGGUGAUGUUCUUACUUAUCGGUUGGAUUCAUAUGGCAUCCCUCGACCGGGUCGGAAUCUAGUUGAGCUUGAGAACAUAUUCCUUCCUCCUCUGGACCGUUGCUUUCCCUUCAUCACUGAAAUCAACGACGCUGGCCUUAUGUGCAUUGUGUGUUAUUCUGGCAUUGAACAAUCGGAAUUGUGGCGUUUACGUGUAGUGGUGUUCCAAGUGUCCAUCUCAGGCCAUCUUGACAAUCAAUUCCUUUGUGCUGAUAUUAAGGCCAAAGGAACUUACUACUUCUGUCAACGUAUUGAUCCAAUCAUCUUCCCACCAGUUAUCACGAGUGAUCGGUUGGACAAGCUCGACAAUAAGCCUGAUGUAUUUUGGAAGAAAGAAAAUCUUUCUCGGCUGGAUAGGGAGUUGUACGAUGCCUGGUGUUCCGGGUACUGGGGGGCGCUGAAGGGAAGCAGUAGCAGCAGUGGUCAUACACAAGAUGGCCAGGGUCAUGGGCGAGGGUUCAAAGAUGAGGUUGAAAGUAGUUUGCAACAGAAAAAGAGGGCAAGAUAUGAUAAUGCAACUUAGUUUUUCUCCGGCAGAAAAUCUUCAACAAUGGGGUGCAGAAAUGCUUGAGGAUGGCACACCAAGAACAUGAAGUUCUUUGAAAGAGAAUGGGGCAAAAGAUGCGAACACAUGCUGGAAUUGAUGAAGUUUAAAAAAAAUGGAGAUAUGUUGUGAGCAAGUAGUUGUAAACUUUGGGAUAUUCUAUUUUGGUCUGUUGGAUAUUAAACUUUGAAGGGUUGGUGCAUGAAUAUUCGUUAGUUUAUAUUUAGGAAAACUAAUAAAAAGGGUUUGAAAACUUUGAGUUUUAACGAUAAGGACAAAAUAAAGGGUAAAGUGAAUA